AUGUUAUUGAUGAUAGGGGCUUCAAAAGAUUUAAGAUGGCAAUCGGGUGGGAGGAGAACUCAAGAGGUCAACAACAUAGCAAUACAUGUCACUCCACCAGAUGGCGAAGAAGAUGACGAGAUUGUGCCGCCGCUGCGAGCGCGCAGGAAGCUGAGCAGCCCGCUCAGCGGCUUGCCCAACGCUGAGAGCCUUGUCGGACCCGCACCCCGCUCGCUAUCACCUCUGGAUCGUACAAGAAGACGCUUCAGCACGAUGGUUUCGAGCGCAGCGGCGGCCGCCGUGUCCCGCCGGCUGUCCGCCACCAUAGGCUGGUGCCUCGCCUCGCCAACACAAGUCAAACCACAAAUAGUCCGACAAGGACGUGCCUUGGGCUUGCAGUACAUAAAAACACAAAUUCGCAGAUCAUCUAUAUGCCCAAAUAAGCAAAUAGUAAUGAAACGUUUGCAACAAAUGCUGGAGACGGAGUGCGGGGAGGAGGCUGCGGUUAACCUGGAGAGCGGUGUGCUGGCGGCGCUGCGGGCGCUGUGUGCGGCGCUCGAACGCAAGCAACCUGACGCUUUCCGCCACAUCGCGCGCCAGGCUACGCGCGCCCCCGCCACCAUGCUGCGCUCGGACGUUGCGCUCGCCGAACUGGCGCUAGCUCUCGCCAGGAGGGUCACUAGAGAAAACAUCACCUGGUCUAAGAUAGCAGCUGUGUACUGUAUAUGCGGCGCCUUGGCGCGUGAGGCCGCUGAAGCCUCGGAAGGUGAGCCUCCGAUUGAGCUGGUGGCAGCACCGGCCGCCGCUAUCGCCGAUGUUUUACACGAAGAGACAGGCUCUUGGAUUGCUGCUCAUGGGGGAUGGAAUGGUCUAAUAGAACGAUUACGUGUUAGCGACCGUGACCAAAGAUCCGAGAAGACUCUGCGUGUUAUGGUGUCGUUCUUCAUAACGGCAUGUCUGUUGUUACUCCUUCUCAGAUGGGCCAACAUCCUACUGACCUCGCCUAGAGACUACAUCGUAGAAGACAUUUGAUUAUUCUAAAUCGAGAUUGUGAUAAGUGUAAUAGUGUUACAAAAAUUAAAAAUAUAUUUUUAUAAAUGUAUACAUACAGAUAAUAUAACAACUA